AUGGCAUCCUUCGCAAACAUUUAUAGGAACAGGAGGAACAUUGUUAAUCGCUAUUUCACAGAAAUUGAAAAGGCACAAGAGUGUAGAGAAAAAGAAUACAGAGCAGCUUUAACAAUUCAGGCUGCUUGGAGAAAAUAUAAAAUCCUCAAGCGUAGAAAACUUAGAAACGAGAGCGCUAUAAAGAUACAAAAAACCUGGAGAAUGUUCCAUGAAGGCAUGCUCUUCAGAUGUCUCAAAACGGAAAAAGAAACUGAAGAUAGAAACAAAUUAUUCAACGAAAAGGCCAGGAAAAUCCAAAAAGUUUGGAGAGGUUACUGGGAAAGAAAACACGUAUUCGAUUUCAACAAGCAGAAGGCAUUUAUGAACGAUGUCCAGAAGAAGAAUGAAGAAAUGGAACUCAUGCUCGAUAAUUACUACACACAGACUUCCGAAGCCGCAACAUUUGCUGAAGAGGAACAGAAAUCAGUACAAGACGUUAAGAAAGCGCUUCAUACCCAUUACCUUGUUUCAACUUCUGCAAUUCCUUCAAUAUAUCAGCCACCUGCAUUCACAAAAGAUGCUGCCGCAAUGCCUGCUAUCGAACAGUUCAUCAGAACAGUCAACAAAGCUAAAAUUGUGGUUCCAAGCAUUGGAAAACGCUAG